AUGCAAGCACUGACGAAGAUCAUCUUUGAUGCCUAAGAGUAAUUGUGACAGACACGAAAGAAUAUUAUCAGCUAGUGACCAAGACAAAGUUUAUUUCAUGAUGGAAAAAAGUUCAAGUACGAAGCCAGAUAAAGCCAUCACUGAAGCCAAGGGGUUCUGCAAUAGCCAUAGAAAGAAAAGGUCAGUGAAUAAUAGUCAAUACAGCAGAUCUCAAAGCUCAGUUCUUUCAGUGGUUACCUCAAACCAACCAAGAAGGGACAAACGCGCCCUGCUUUGUUGUGUCCAGUACAAGAAUCAAAAGUCCGAGUUGAAGGGAAGUAGACAUGACUUGAAUAACAUGAGAGAUUUGUUAGUCGGUCAAUUCAAAUUCCCAACUGAGUCCAUCCUCAUUCUUGCAGAAAAAGAGCCAUAUCAGGCUCCAACAAGGAAGAAUAUAGAAGAUGCCUUCCAGUGGCUGAUGAGGGAUAUUCAAUCUGGGGACUCGUUGGUAUUCUACUUUUCAGGGCAUGGGUUCCGACAACGUAGUGUCCACGGUGAUGAGAUUGAUGGCUUUGAUGAAACAAUAUGCCCGGUUGAUUUCAAAACUAAUGGAAUGGUAUCCGACAACUACAUCAACAAAACAAUUGUUAAUCCACUGAUCCAGGGUGUCACACUGCAUGCUAUUAUUGAUUCUUGUCACAGUGGAACUGUUCUAGACUUGCCAUAUGUGUAUAACAUGAACACCGGAAAAUGGGAUGAUAACCGGGCUCCAACAGGAGAAUCUAAGGAUACAAUGGGUGGAAAGGCCAUCUGCUUUAGUGCUUGUGAAGAUUAUCAACAGGCUGCCGACACAUCAGCUUUCUCGAUGAAUAAUAAGAUGACAGGUGCCAUGACAAGUACCUUCAUAAGAGCAGUUGAACAAGCAGUUAUCAACAAGCAAAAAUUAACUUACAAGGGGAUACUCAAACAUAUGCGUAGAUCCCUGAAGCAAGUUGACAAAGUAGGAUGCUUUCGUGCAGGACUUAAGAGAGUUUUCCAUCGCAAGAUAUUACAGGAAUUUGAGAAUAUGUUCAGGAUCCUCUGUUAUCAUCUUCUGAAGAGUUCGACACCAAUACAGAGUUCAAGCUCUGAUCAUGCAGAGUGAGACGCCACUUAAUACAUUCUAAAAUCCACAACAUCAGCAGAGCCAGCAAGAGGUUUU